AUAUCCCGGAAAUUUUCAAAAACGUCAGUAAGAAGCAUCACAUCGAUCUUCAAAUAUAAGUCUGAAUAUUCCCCAAACGUUUUGCAUCCAAAUCUUCUCCAUACUGCCUUUGCGUGUUCGUACUCCGUGCCCGCUAUAUUUUCUUCCGUCAACGUGCUGAAAAACUCAUUCUUCCUCGGUAAUGUUUCUUCCUUCAAUUUUCCCCAACUAUCUGUACAUUCGUACAGAUAUACACCCUUCCACGUAACAAGGGACAUAUCCUCUUUGUUGAACACUUUCAUUGUCUCGCGGAACUUAACGAAAUCCGGUGUUAAUAAAUUCGACGCGAGAGAUGAAAGUUUCGAUGCCAUAAAACGACCUGUGUCUAUAAAUCUUACGGUGAAGGUCUUGCUCACUUACUUCGAAAACGAAAUAAAUUUUUCCGCACUAUUAGGAAUGACUGAAAUUGUUUCGGCAUCGUAUCCCAGCUCCUUGACGAUGAAAUGCGCGUCGUAAUUGCCAAGAUUAUUGAAAAAACAUGGCACGAAACUGGGAACCUGUAACUUUAGGUUACAGGUAUAGCAAAGCGUCUGUCUCCCUGACAGGUGGUUAUGGUCGGCGACUUUAUAAUUUUGUGCAGAAAAUUUAUUUCUAAAUAAGUUGCAUUAUUCGCAGGCCGAAUGUAUCUCAAGCUUUUCGUCAGCCAUCGUAAUAGGUUCAUUUGUCUUCAAUAUUUGCUCCACGCGUAAACCCAACUCCGCUAUCGUCUUUACAAAAUGUUUCGUCAUGUUCGGUUCAUCUUCUGUCCCUCUGUAGAUUAUCGGCUUGGUAGGUAUGUCAAAUUCUUCUAAUAAUUCCUUAGGAUCAUUAUCGGCCGCCUUCACGUAAAUGCCGUAAAACAUCGCUCUAUGAUUAUGGAUUAUGGUACUACUGCCUUCUUUCUUCUCGUCCGUUUUCUCCAAAAUAGUCUCGAAAUCAGCGUAGAUGGUGAUGGGGUGCCUUUGUGUUUUUCCCCACGCUUCAAAUUUUAAUUUCGAUCCGGGUCCAGGCAUAACGGGUAAUAUAGGUUUAUGUCCACCGCAUAUCAAUUUAUGCUGUUCUAGCGCCGCCUGCCCGCUCAACUUCAACCUCGGUCUGUUGUCGAAAUUAGUGAAACAUCUCUUGCAAAAUAUUACACGCUCUUUGUGCUCAGUUAUCUAUGAGCGUACAAGACGGGAGAAGUCUGAGAUGUAUGUUUAAUGAGAUUUAUCGUUUUUGAAAUUUAAAAGGAGGUCGAAAUGGUCAUCUUUCUCCUCAUCAGCUACUUUCAACGGAAAAACUGUUUGUACCGUUUUUUUUAUUUUUCUGCUCUUCUUUCAACCCAUAGACGUUGACCGAAACAUUAUUAUUUUUUUCGAAUUUUCUGACUUCCGUGAGUGCUGUUGGAAAAGAUAAAUUUUUAAAAUUAUAUUUAUCCUCCUGUACCAUAUACCCACCGUCGACUCGUUCUCUGUUUAUGCCCGUAACGUGUUUCGCCAAAAUCGCCAAUUUAAAACAUUUCUCGUCCGUAUUUUAAGGGUUUAUUACGGCCCGUUUAUUCGAAAUGUCUGUGGGUAGUGGAAUACAUAACGAACCGUCAAUAGGUGUAUAUUUAUAUACGCCUAAUAAAGUCCAUCUAUGGAUUGAAGUGUUAGUCCACUACCCUGACUUUGAUACAUGUCCUGUUCGGAUAUUUUCUUCUACUAUGUCUUCAAUUUCGCUUUCGAAAAAAAUAGCUCGAGCGGAUGUUUUAAAUGACCUAUCCACAGUAGAAUUAUCUACCUGUGGCUUAUAAUAUAUCGAUUCGAGUUUAAAAUUGAAUUUAAUGGGAUUAUUUACAGAUAUUGUUUUGAGAAGUUGAAUUAUAGAAGGUUUGAGAGAUUGGAGAAAUAUUUUGUAGUUGAAAAUAUUGUUUAAAUUUUUGGUGUAAUACCAAACGAUCUUUCUUGAGUGAGACGUGUCGAUUUCGGUGAUUCCGGGGGCGUUCACUAAACCCAUCCUAAUUUUCUUCACCUUUACGGCAGUUUCAAUGUUCUUACGUUUCGUACCUAUCGGGGAAUAAAAUACCUAAAUUAUAACCUGUUCUAAAAAUCCACCAAACGGUCUGACAACCGGUGUAAUACCGGAAUACUUCAACUAUUACCCCAUAGGAUGCGACGAGUGAAUUGAUCGAUACAAUGCCGGAAUUCUCCAACUAUUGUACCAUUGAUCGUUUCACAUACCGUAUGAUGAGUUGUAAUAUAUGGCUCGAUUGAGAAAUAUUAUGUCACGUGUUUAAUAAAAUAAAAAAUUUUAUAAUACUACUGAUGUGGCGGGGUAAAAUAAAAAAAAUCUUAUUGUUGUCAUAAUCCAUAAACAGGUAAUCGUUUUCUUCGUUCGUUGUCCAUUGCAUUUGUGCGUUUAACAGGUGUUGUGGUUGUAGUAUUCUGCGGGGCGAAAGAUCAGCCGGUCUGUGGGAUAUUAGUUGGGGCGAUUCUUCCCUCAUGGUGCACAAUUUUCACGUGGAUAUCCAAUUUGUCUUUACGCGCAAACAUUUUUUUGACAUAAAACGCACUGAAUUUUUACACUGGCGUGUGUUUUGGCGUGGCGCGUUAGGUGAUUUUUUGUGUUUAACACUUUGGUGCACCCGGCGAAUGUGCAUGUGAACGUAUUCAUUUUAUAUGGAUAUAAAAAUGUAUGAAAUAAAAUAAAAACGUUAUAAAAUAUAACAAGCGCUAUAAAAACUGAAACAAUUAUCACUCUUACAAAAACUGUGGAGAAUAAAAUAUUCGAGAGGAGAUGGUGUAUGCGGCGGGUGUAUAGAAUAUGUACUACUGACCGAUAAUCGUAAUCAGGGAUGUAUUAAAUAGGACUAUCGAAUAUCGUAUUCGGCGUCGGCAACGGCGGCGCGUUGAACAUAUCGUCUCCCAUCAACGCCGUCAAGACGGAAUUGGAACCGCAUUUCGAGCCCUGUCUGAUCGACACGGGCGACGCGAAGAAACGGUACAGCGUGGCUCAGUACGGACCCGCGGUGACCAACGACCAUCACAUUUACAAUAACAACAAUCAGCAGCAGCAGCAGCAGCAGCAGCAACAACAGUCGCACCCUUACCAUCACCAGAGUAACGGUCACUUGAGCGUUAUUGGCGGAGCGACGUUGACCCGCGCCCCGAAACCUCUGAGCCCGUACCAAUCGUGGACCGCUUCGCAGCUGUUGCACGAACACGAGCGCAGGACCAGCCCGUACGGUCAGAUCGGCGAUUUCGACGGCCAAUACGCGCCGCCGGUGCCUCCUCUCCCGGCGUACCAGCAACAACAGCUCCAGCAACAGCAACAACAGCAACAGCAGCAACAGGCCAACGUGGAAAACAUUUACGGGACCGCGCCGGGACAUUACAACCAGCAGCCGCAGCAAAACGGACUUCCGCCGCCGGGCCAAUACAACAGCUAUCACCGGAACAACAUGAUACUGUUCAACCAGAGCCUACAGGGAUCGUUGAGCUCGGUGAGCAGCGGCGACAAGAAGAAGAGAAACAUAACCAUGGUAUAA